CUCUCCUGACCCCCCUAACACUCGUCGCAACACUCAUCCUCUCAUUCAUCUCCUCCUCGUCAUUGCUCUUUCUCACAUUAUCUGUCUCCCGCUCCCCGUCCAUCUCCUCCUCUCUCUCUUCCACCAUCUCUCCGAAGCUUCCAUCUCGCUGAUCCCUCCCGGCUUGAUCGGGGGUGAGGAUCAUGGCUCUUCAAGGGGCGUCUAUGGCGCAACACCAUCCUAUAAUGCCUCACGCAGCUCCGCCUCCAACCCGCGCAGAGGUCCAGCGUCGCCUCUCGACCCGCUCAAAGUCACAGGCCCCACCGCCCGCAGCGCCCGUCACAAGCGGUAACGAAUCCGAUUCUUCGGUUGCAUCCUCCUCAAUGCCCACGACGACGCCUCUGUCCGCUUCCCAUUUCGCCACCUCGCCGUUGACGUCGCCAGGCAUUGGACCUCAUCCUCACCCGCCAGGCCUCUCUGCCAUUGACGAAACCCAAGGAUCGAGCAUGGGCGAAGACAAAGAUGGCGAUCUGGAGGACGUCGAUGACUCGGACGAUGACGUCGCGCUCAGCAAAGCAGAUGUUGAGGGACAGCGCGUUCACAAGUCGGGGUGGCUUAUCAAGAAGCAGGAGCGUCGCAAGAUGGGUGCCGCCUGGAAGAAGAAGUGGUUCGUCCUCCGAACGACGUCGCUUGCGUACUACAAGGACAAUAAGGAGUACUCUCUUUCUCGCUCCAUUGAGCUCACGGCCGUUCACUCGGUUGUGCCCGUGACGCAGGAGAAGGCCAAGCAUCCGUUCUCCUUCGCCGUCGUCACUGCAGACCGCACCUUUUUCCUUGAGGCUUCCUCGGCAGAAGAGCGCGAAGACUGGGUCAGCACGAUCAACAGCGUUCGCAAGCAGGGGUCCGAGAGGGAAGAGGAGAAGAGCCGUCGCGCGAAGUCGGUGGCAGUUCCUGUCCCCGGACGUUCACAGCAGCCAGAGCCCGAGGUCGAAACACACCAGGGGACAUGGACGAGCACAUUCUCAGCUACGACGACAGCAUCUGUGUCUCCAACAGCUGGGUCGUACUUCCACCGCAACGCCCCAUCUCAGUCGACUUUCGCUCAGCCACCACCAAUUGGCCACCAGCCAAGGGCGCACAGCCCCAGCUCGAACCCGAAUACGCUGUCCUCCCAAAUGGCCAGUAUGUCAGUGACGCGCUCGCCUUCACAAAAGGCGCCCCCACCCAGCGCAAUGCCACCCAGCGUGGCAUCCAUCAACCGCCGCCUGUCCAACCCCAUCAUCCACCCGCCACCGAAUCUCCAGUCGAUCCAGACGCCUGUCAGGCCGCAGCGAAGAGACUUCACGGCUGUGGAAUCUGCAGCGCCCGGCGCGCUCGGUCCGCCACAGUCGACACCGCAAUUCGUCAGCUCGGAUGAGGAGGAUGCGUACUUUUCAGAUCCCACGCAGUGGUCUGAUUCGCAACAGCCCCCGAUGGCUGUGUCGGACCCUAACAAGAUCAUCAUCGCGACCUACCUGAUGAAGAAGAGCAGAAAGACGGCGCGCGAAGUGUGGCGCAAGCGGUGGUUCUACUUGACAAGUGCAGGAAUGACCUAUUCCAAAAGCCACAUGGACGUUCGCCCGCUCAAUUUCGUCCCGAUCAACACCAUUUUGGACGUCUUUUCUGUGGAGGACACGGACGAUGACGAUUUGGAAGACUCGUCCGACGACAGCCGGCCCGCGCAGCCGACGCGCGGCGCAUCGCUGCGCAAGCAGCGCGAAGCGACUGUACAGGCGUCCCACUCGGGCCAACCCGUCAUCCGGAUUGUGACCAACAAGCGCCGCUUUGACCUCUGCGCGCCGUCCGAAGAGGAGGAGAUCAAGUGGAUCGCGGCGAUCCGCGCGCUCGUCAACCGCGACCGGGAGAAGCGGCAGCCUGGGACCAUCACGGCGUCGAUGCCCAGCCGGCCGGAGGGGGCACCGGCUCUCGGCGCGCCGGCGCCGCUCACCAUCCCCACCAUCGCCCAGCAGCCGCCAACACCUGGCAGCAACCCCUCCGUGUCCCCCUCCAAUGUCACGCCUCCAAAGGGGUUUAACGAGCACGGGCAGCGCACAUUUUCGCCCACGCAUGGCCGGAGUAGAAGCGCGACGCAGACGGCCAAGAACGCCGUCGCGGAUGUCGUGCGGCGCUUCCACGAGGGCGGCCAGUAGAGUUUAUAUAUGGCAGGUUGUAGCAGAGCGCGGGCAACCCCUAUUGUGCAGCAGAGCUGUUUGUCACGAGAUUAUUUAUAGGGGAAAUGACAUGUACAUGCUCUACAAUUAUGCCGGGGGUAUACCAAUGCAGCCGAUAG